AUGGCACUGCUGACGACAUGGGUGAACACUCACCUUGAAUUCACCCUCAAUAAUGUCGGAACCUUUAUGCCCGUAGCCUUCAUCAUCAAAGAAGCCAUUUCCGAGAAACCUAUCGCGGAAAUUUGGGUGACCGUGGUGACGGGAGCAGGAGGCGAUCUCAAGGAUGCUGGCGGCGUCUUUCCUGAUGUUGCCAUUUGGGACGACAAUGGCAACAGAAUAGGACGAUACCGCACCAAGCUAGGUGACAAGAGAGCCCAGAGCAGCGAGCGAACCGUCAAGAUACCGAAUAAUGAGAACAACGGGCAGAUAUCCGAUCCCCAAUAUGUCAUGUUGAGUCACGAUACCGACGCAACAUGCAUUGCGAUGGUCCAAGUUUCCAACGGCCAACUCAGUGGGACGGUCAAUGCAGACACUGGAUACAAAUGCGACCAAGGAUGGUACUACAGCCAACGGAAGUUCAAGUGUGAUAACCUCAUGACCAAGUGUGUAUGGUUGGACUCAGAUCACUCUCAUCCCAACUUCAACGCCAGGGCUAUGAGUUUUCACCUCAGAGACAUGCUGCUUUCGCCUAACAACACACCUCGGUACUCUUUUCGGCGGCAUCUCAUACCAGACGGCGUUUUCCCAUUCUUCUACCCAGUCUUGAAGUACAACAAGGACACCGUCAAUCCGAAACUAGAAGGCACAGAUGAAAAUUCUACCGAAGCCCUGGAUCGCUUCAAGUACCAUAAGCACGUAUACAAACAGCAGGGUGAAUCGGAAAGGGAGUAUCGAAUGAAGAGAACUCGUUCUACACGCUUGAGCAAGAGACAAGGCUCGGACAUGGAUCCUGACAACCAGGUCUUGACUGGAAUACCGGGUCAGACGGCCCGGGGGGUCUGCGAACACCCUAACUCAGUCGGGAAUCUCUACGAUCUUUGUGCCGGUAGCGUCACGACUAAUUGUUUCGACGUCAACAAUACGACUGUCAUUGGAGCUCAGGGUCUCACAGGGAGGAGCAGAAACACCUCCAAAAGGCAAAUCGCAAAGCUUUACAAAACACGAGCUCACUGGAAAUGA